UGAAGAAGGAUGCUGUCAUGCUGAGUACCUCUCAUACACACCAGUCUGAGCAUCCCGGCAACGAUUACUCCCUCUGUAUUCUCAUAGUCCAUCAUUUAUGACAGCAUUAUUCCAAAAGCCGCUCGCUUAGUUCCAGCUACAUAAGAAAAAGACACACAGGUGGCACUGCAGCUGUUGUACUACUACUGUUGUAGUGGCGACACUUGGCUAACUAACGUUGGCUAAUUGCCCCUGCUGCUGCUGCUGCUAUUGUUUGUUGUUGCAGUCUCUCAUCAAACAAAUCACAGAUGUUGUAGAGCAAGCUCUUUAAGGUUUCCUGAAACACUGGGGUUGUUGGUGUGGCCGAAUUUUCCCUGGAUUUGACUGGUAAAUUCAGAAUUCUGAAGCCCAGGCUCACAGUCUACCUUUCACGGAGGCCCAGCCGUGAGAGGACUGAGGAAGGCACGUGGCGGAUCAUGACGGCCGACAAAGAGAAGGAACGGGAGAAAGAGCGGGACAGAGACAGAGACAGGGACCGGGACAAAAGGGAGGCCGGGAAAUCUCGCCGGCAGGACGGAGACCGGGGCGAGAGCGAGAGCUCCAGGCCGCGCCGCAGCUGCACGCUGGAGGGCGGGGCCAAGAACUAUGCAGAAAGCGAGCACAGCGAAGACGAGGACAACGACAACGGCAGCACCGGCGGAGGCAGCGGCACGGCCGAGGAGGCCGGCAAGAAGGGCAAGAAGAAGAUGCCCAAGAAGAAGUCGCGCUACGAGCGCACAGAGAACGGAGAGAUUACGUCCUUCAUUACGGAAGACGACGUUGUUUACAGACCCGGAGAUUGUGUGUACAUCGAGAGUCGGCGACCCAAUACUCCAUACUUUAUUUGUAGCAUUCAGGAUUUCAAGCUGAGUAAACGGGACCAUCUGCUGAUGAAUGUGAAAUGGUACUACCGCCAGUCGGAGGUGCCCGACUCUGUGUACCAGCACCUGGUGCAGGAUCGCAACAAUGAGAACGAUUCUGGUCGCGAGCUGGUCAUCACAGACCCGGUGGUCAGGAGUCGAGAGCUCUUCAUCUCCGACUACGUGGACACAUAUCAUGCUGCUGCUCUCAGGGGGAAAUGCAACAUUUCCCAUUUCUCUGACAUUUUUGCUGCCCGGGAGUUCAAAGCCCGGAUCGACUCCUUUUUCUACAUCCUGGGAUACAACCCAGAGACCAGGCGACUGAACAGCACACAGGGGGAAAUCCGAGUGGGACCGAGUCACCAGGCAAAGCUCCCAGAGCUGCAGCCUUUCCCCUCCCCUGGUGGCCAGGCCGUGACCGAGAAUGAGGAGCUGGUCUGGAUGCCAGGGGUCAACGACUGUGACCUUCUUAUGUACCUCAGAGCUGCAAGGAGCAUGGCUGCCUUUGCAGGGAUGUGCGACGGAGGAUCGACAGAAGAUGGCUGCCUAGCCGCCUCUCGAGAUGACACUACCUUAAACGCACUUAACACUCUUCAUGAGAGCAGCUACGAUGCAGGCAAGGCUCUGCAGCGUCUGGUGAAGAAGCCGGUACCUAAACUGAUAGAGAAGUGCUGGUCUGAGGAUGAAGUGAAGCGCUUCAUUAAAGGGCUGAGACAGUUUGGCAAAAACUUCUUCAGGAUCCGAAAGGAGCUGCUGCCCAACAAAGAAACGGGGGAGUUGAUUACUUUCUACUAUUAUUGGAAGAAGACACCGGAGGCAGCCAGCUGCCGAGCCCACAGGAGACACCGCCGCCAGCCUGUCUUCCGCCGCAUCAAAACACGAACCGCUUCGACUCCUGUCAACACCCCCUCACGCCCGCCCUCAAGCGAGUUCUUGGACCUGAGCUCUGCCAGCGAAGAUGACUUUGACAGUGAAGACAGCGAACAGGAGCUGAAGGGCUACGCCUGCCGCCACUGCUUCACCACCACCUCCAAGGACUGGCACCACGGGGGCCGGGAGAACAUCUUGCUGUGCACCGACUGCCGCAUCCACUUCAAGAAGUACGGGGAGCUGCCCCCCAUCGAGAAGCCCGUGGACCCGCCACCAUUUAUGUUCAAACCCGUCAAAGAGGAAGAGGAUGGCCUCGGCGGGAAGCAUAGCAUGAGGACUCGACGGAACCGAGGCUCGAUGUCAACGCUACGCAGUGGUCGCAAGAAGCAGACAGUCAGUCCCGAUGGCCGAGCCUCACCUACCAACGAGGAUCUGCGCUCCAGCGGCCGCACUUCGCCGAGCGCAGCGAGUACUGACAGCACCGACAGCAAGACAGACUCCAUGAAGAAGACAAGCAAGAAGAUUAAAGAGGAAGCGCCGUCACCUAUUAAGAGCGUCAAACGGCAACGAGAGAAGGGAGCUUCGGACUCGGAGGAACCUGAAAGGGCCAGUGCCAAAAAGUCCAAGACACAGGAGCUCACCCGGCCGGACUCGCCCUCUGAAUGUGACGGGGAGGGAGAAGGGGAGGGCGAGAGCUCCGAUGGGCGGAGCAUCAACGAGGAGCUCAGCAGCGAUCCAAAAGACAUUGACCAGGACAACCGCAGCUCCUCCCCCAGCAUCCCCAGUCCCCGUGACAACGAGAGCGACUCGGACUCCUCGGCCCAGCAGCAGCAGCUCCUGCAGACCCAGCAUCCGCCGGUCAUCCAGUGUCAACCGGGCUCGUCAGUCGCCUCCUCAGCACCUGUUCCUCCCACCACCUCAGCCCCCUCUCUGCCUCCGCAGGUGGCGCCCACUGCCACCUCCACCUCUCUACCUCCUCAGCCGCUGCCCCAGACCAGCCCGAUGUCUCUCAUCCAGGCCGGGGCAUCGCUUCACCCCCAGAGGCUACCGUCUCCUCAUUCGCCUCUGACUCAGGCUCCGCCCCCUGGCCCGCCUCCAUCGUUACCCAGCCCCCAUCAUGGCCCUAUGCCCCCCAUGCCACAUCCACUACAGCCAGGACCUCCACUCCUGCCGCAUUCUCACGCCAUGACCGCUCAGGGAUUCCCUGUGGCUGCCUCUCAGGUCCCGCCCCCGCCCAUCUCUAGCCAAUCACAGCAGAGGUCUCACAGUCCUCCUCCUCAGUCUCAGCCUUCCUCUCAGAGCGGAGGCCAGCCUCCCAGAGAGCAACCUCUGCCCCCUGCGCCCAUGCCCAUGCCUCACAUCAAGCCCCCUCCCACUACCCCCAUCCCCCAGAUGCCCACCCCACAGUCUCACAAACACCCCCCUCACGGGUCUGUCCCUCCGUUCCCUCAGAUGCCCUCAAACCUGCCCCCUCCUCCUGCCCUGAAGCCCCUCAGCUCUUUAUCCAACCACCACCCUCCAUCAGCACACCCCCCGCCCCUCCAGCUGAUGUCCGGGGGACAGCAGCUCCAGCCUCCACCAGCCCAGCCUCCGGUUCUCACCCAGUCCCAGAGUCUACCGCCAUCGGCCAGCCACCAGCCUCCCCCGCCGCCGCCCCUGCCCCCUCCGGCAGCGGCCUCACAUCCCGGCGGGGCGCCACAACAGCCCCCAUUCUCCUCACAUCCUUUCAGCACAGUUCUACCUCCAAGCGGCCCACCACCUUCCUCAUCGAACUCUAUGCCUGGCUUACAGCCGCCCUCUUCUUCCGCCCCGUCCUCUUCCAUCUCCAUGCCACUUCCUGCCUCGGUCAGCUGCGCUCCGCCCACCCAGGCGGUCCCGCCUGUACACAUCAAAGAGGAGCCGCCAGAUGAGUCGGAGGAGCCGGAGAGCCCGCCUCCCCCGCAGAGGAGCCCCUCACCGGAGCCCACUGUUGUCAAUACGCCCAGCCACGCCAGCCAGUCAGCACGGUUCUACAAGUACCUGGACCGAGGUUAUAACUCGUGCGCUCGGACAGAUUUCUACUUCACUCCGCUGGCCUCGUCUAAGCUGGCCAAGAAGAGAGAGGAAGCUCUGGAGAAAGCAAAGCGAGAAGCUGAGCAGAAAGCGAGGGAAGAGAAGGAGCGGGAAAGGGAAAAGGAAAAAGAACGAGAGAGAGAGCGGGAGCGGGAAAAGGAGGUGGAGCGUGCAGCGAAAGCUUCCAGUUCUGCUCACGAGAGCAGAAUGGGGGAGCCCCCGAUGGCCGGCCCCACCCACAUGCGGCCCCCGUUCGACGGCCCCCCGACCACGAUCGCAGCGGUGCCUCCGUACAUCGGCCCCGACACGCCCGCGCUGCGCACCCUCAGCGAGUACGCCAGACCCCACGUCAUGUCGCCCACCAACAGGAACCACCCGUUCUUCGUCUCGCUCAACCCCGCCGACCAGCUGCUGGCCUAUCACAUGCCCAGCCUGUACAACGCCGACCCCGCCAUGCGGGAGCGGGAGCUGCGGGAGCGGGAAAUGCGGGAGAGGGAGAUCCGCGAGCGCGAGCUGAGGGAACGGAUGAAACCGGGCUUCGAAGUCAAACCCCCAGAGAUGGACUCGCUCCACCCUUCAACAAACCCCAUGGAGCACUUCGCCCGGCACGGGGCUCUCACCCUGCCCCCCAUGGCCGGCCCUCACCCGUUCGCCUCCUUCCACCCGGGCCUGAACCCGUUGGAGCGUGAGCGGCUCGCCCUCCCGGGGCCCCAGCUGCGGCCGGACAUGACCUACCCAGAGCGGCUGGCAGCAGAGAGGCUCCAUGCGGAGCGGAUGGCCACGGUGGCCAACGACCCCAUCGCUCGCCUGCAGAUGUUCAACGUCACGCCGCACCACCACCAGCACUCGCACAUCCACUCCCACCUCCACCUCCACCAGCAGGACCCGCUCCACCAAGGUGGUGGUGAAUGUCUUGUCUGUCCUCCAGGCUCGGGGGCCCACCCGCUGGCCGUCGACCCGCUGGCAGCCGGACCUCACCUGGCGCGCUUCCCCUACCCGCCCGGCGCCAUCCCCAACCCUCUCCUGGGCCAGCCGCCGCAUGAACACGAGAUGCUGCGCCACCCGGUCUUCGGUGCUCCGUACCCACGGGACCUACCAGGGGGUCUUCCGCCGCAGAUGUCGGCAGCCCACCAGCUGCAGGCCAUGCACGCCCAGUCGGCAGAGCUGCAGCGGCUGGCGAUGGAGCAGCAGUGGCUCCACGGCCACCACCACAUGCACGGCGGGCCGCUUCCUGGUCAGGAGGACUACUACAGCCGACUGAAGAAGGAGAGCGACAAGCAGCUGUAACCAACCGGAGGGAGGCGGCGACCGACGAGUGCAGGACACAGGAAGUUGUCACAAAAGCAGCGGUCUUGGAGGCUCCUCACGAACCUCUGAACACCUUCAGUCUUGAAGAACAGGAACAGGCCGAGCGGAUCGUCUGAGUUUCUUCAGUUUCUGUUCCCGUCGAGGACCUUUGAUUUCCCUUUUUUUUUUUGUUUGUUUUUUUUAAUUAUUAUUAUUUUAUUUUUCCAAGACAUUGACUUUCUUUGGUAUAUAACCAGUAGUGACAACAUCCUCAAGACUCCUGCAUGACAAGCUUCCCUGAUGUUUUGUAGGUGCUAGAACAAGACACUGUGCUUAUCAAAAAAAAAAAAGAACGGAGAAAAAAAAC